AUACGUUGAAAGUUUUCAUCGUCAGGAGGAGCAAGCAAGGCAUCCACACGCGCAUCGAAUACUAUACCGCGCAAACGGGACCCGCAAAUCUAAGGUUUCAGUCUUCGAUUACAAUAAUUCGAUACCCUGCCGCAGGUCCACGUAGUAACCUGCCACGAGGAGAAGAUGUAGGAUAGUGGUCUGUUUGACGUGGUCACGUAAUGCGUUUUAAUUCUUACGCCCAUUAUCGGUAUACUAUAAUCAACCACGAACGCGUAGUUCCGGUCAAGAAGACCCAUAAAAUUGUAAAUUCAAAUUUUACUCUCAGCGGAGGGGGAGAUUAUUAAUUUUACAACAGAGUAUGAAGUACGAAACCACGAGCUAGACCAACGAGAAAAAAUCAAUUUCCGGGUUAUUUCCUGGGGAAAAGAAAAAACAUCUUUUCGAUUUCCGAGCUUUUUCACUUGUGCAGUGUAACACAGGAAAAAAAUUUCACUCAAUUCACUGACCCUAAUCUCUAACGUGUAACGCGAUCUAUGGCUUCUUUUCAUUCUUUGGGGCGGAGGGGGCGUAGCCAUUUCGACCCCAUCAAGCUAUCUUGAAGUUUCGAAUGGCUGAAGCAGGAGAUCGAAAAACGGCGUGUGAUCGUACGCGUCGAUUGGAAUUGAAUCAGAUGACUUUAAGACGUUCUCAGAGACACUGCACAAUAUCGUGUUUUAAUAUAUUUUACAUAUACACGCGUACGAUGUAUAAUAAAUAGACUUUUCGUGAUCAAGUUUGUAACUCAAGUAGAUGAGAUUUGUUUUGUCAUGUGGUUUGUACUCGAGAUCUUGUACACCUCAAGUCGCGAUGCCGCGGGGUUGUUGCUGUUCAUCGCAUGAAACAACGCAUACCGACUUACAGAGGAGAUAAUUUUUCACUUAUACACCAUACAUGUACGAAAUAUCAUUCGAAAUAUCACGUGUCGCUGACUAGUAGAAAGCUGUAAGGGAAGAAGAUCGCAAAAGUCGUCUGUUCAGUGCCGAAGAACGCUUGUGCCUUAUGAUUAGUGUUCAGUGACACAAUAAAUAUACUUGUGAAGAUGGUCGUCACAAAUUCACGUAUUCUGAGAUGGACCAGAGAAAAUUCUAGCGAGUGUGAAAAGGGCGUUAUCAUUUCUUGGCGAGAUUUAUCAGUCUAUGCGACCUCGAAAGGAAAUAGAAUAUGCAGACAACUAAUCAACAAUGUAAGAGGCGCCGUAAAGCCGGGAAAUCUCGUCGCAAUCAUGGGAGGGAGUGGAGCUGGGAAGAGUUCUCUAAUGGCAGCUCUAGCCUGUCGUACCCCACCUGGGAUUGUCGUACAUGGAGAAAUAUUGGUAAAUGGGUACCCCGUAAGUCCGGCUUACAUGCGACGUAACAGCGGUUUCAUGCAUCAAGAAGAUUUAUUUGUCGGGACCAUGACGGUAUUGGAGCAUCUGAACUUCAUGGCAAGAAUGAAGCUCGACCGUCGUACGGAUCCUCGAGAUAUUCGCGACAGGAUAAAUGGCCUCCUUCAAGAGGUGGGGUUGGCGCAUAAAUCCGGUACAAUGAUAGGAAACGCUGGUGGUGAGAAGGUUUUAUCCGGUGGUGAAAAAAAACGUCUCGCAUGUGCCACUGAGCUUUUAUCAGAUCCGAAGAUUUUGUUUUUGGACGAACCUACGACGGGUUUGGACGCCCACUCUGCGAGUGUUCUAGUGGCACAGCUGACUGUUGUCGCUGCUCGAGGUCGUACCGUACUCUGUACGAUUCAUCAACCGAGCUCUGCAAUAUUUAACGCUUUUCAGCAAAUAAUUCUCGUCGCUGAGGGCAGGAUCGCAUUUAUCGGAACCAGCGAACAAGCCCUUCAUUUUUUUGCCAGCGAAGGAUAUCAUUGUCCUUUGGCUUAUAAUCCGGCAGACUUUCUGAUAGCAACUCUUGCGACUGCACCACGCGAUGAGGACGCUAGUAGGCGAAACGCUCAAAGGAUAUGCGACGCUUUUUUGGUCAGUGACGCCUGUAAGGAAGUUGACAUUGUCCUGCAAUUGGAACUUCAUAUCGCAAGUUCUUACAUAUGGAGAGACGACGGCGGAGAAACCUGUGAAUUUAAACAACCGUGGUGGUGGUCGAAACUUUACUGGUUAAUUCAUCGCGGAUCUAUCCAAAUCAUUAGAGAUCCAACCGUACAAUUUCUGCGAAUUUUAUUGAAACUGUGUUUAGCGAUCUUGGUGUCCCUUUGCUUCUUGGGAGCGAUUACCCUCGAUCAACUCGGAAUCCAGGCCGUUCAAGGAGUACUUUUCAUAAUGGUGACCGAAAAUACAUUUCUACCUAUGUACGCAACACUCGCGGCACUUCCUCAGGAUAUGCCACUAUUCCUCAGAGAACAUCGAGCAGGAUUGUACACGCCACAUCUUUACUACUUUGCGAGGGUCGUCUCUUUGAUUCCCGGGUUAAUCGUCGAGCCAAUUAUCUUUGUGAUGAUUGUCUACUGGCUUGUUGGACUCAGAAGCACUGUGGAAGCCUUUGUUCUCACUUUAAUCGUCGCUGUUUUUACGAUGAACGUUUCUACCGCAUGCGGCUGUUUUUUUUCGGCUGCAUUCGACUCUGUGCCCCUGGCGAUGGCUUAUUUGGUUCCAUUUGACUAUAUCCUAAUGAUAACGAUGGGCCCAUUUAUCAAGCUCGGCACCCUGCCAGUUUACAUGCAGUGGAUAAAAUACAUGUCUUGGCUCCUUCAUUCCACCGAAGCAUUAACAAUCGUUCAAUGGAAGGGAGUACACAACAUUUCUUGCGAAGUUAAGGAUCCCGAGCUCCCUUGCAUGACCGAAGGAUCUGAGGUCCUGGAGAGGUACGAUUUUGACGGCGAUAAUUAUUGGACCGAUAUUUCCUUCAUGGCUGUAAUAUAUUUAGUAUUUCAUGCGCUAGGGUACGCCUGUUUGUGGAACAGGACCCGUUAUAAAUAAUCAUGGUAUUUUUUAUUUAAAUUUAUCUCUACAAAAAGUUAAUGAUGAUAUUUGGUUUUUAUUUUUAUAUAUACGUAUGGUGCGGCAUUUAUUCAUAUCCUAAUUAAAAAAUGUCGAUUAAUUUGAAGAUAGCAUUCGAGUGCUGAUAAACAUUCGCAACUGUGGCAACAGAUAAACGACUAAUUUCAUAAUUUUAAACGCCACAGUAGGAUAAGAUAAUUUUUUUGAAUAUUUGUUAAUGUAAGAAUUUAGUUAAGACAAUCAAAUUUCGACAAUUAAAUAAAAGGGCUAAAUAAUGUGUCA